AUGUCAGUUUUCAACACCAGCGGUAACAGUCUCCCAGCCACUUUCUUCCUCACAGGGAUCCCAGGACUGGAGUCUGUGCACUUCUGGAUUGCCAUCCCUUUCUGUGCCAUGUAUCUGAUAGCACUGGCUGGAAAUGCUGCCCUCAUCCUGGUCAUUGCCUUUGACACUGCACUUCAUGCACCCAUGUACCUCUUCCUUUGCCUCCUCUCACUCACUGACCUGGCUCUCAGCUCUACCACCGUGCCCAAGAUGCUGGCCAUUCUGUGGCUCCAUGCCGGUGAGAUAUCCUUUGGUGGAUGCCUGGCCCAGAUGUUUUGUGUCCAUUCUAUCUAUGCCCUUGAGUCCUCCGUUCUUCUUGCCAUGGCCUUUGAUAGAUAUGUGGCUAUCUGUAACCCACUGAGAUACACCACCAUUCUCAACCAUACUGUCAUAGGCAGAAUUGGCCUUGCUGGAGUAUUCCGCAGUGUGGCUAUUGUCUCCCCCUUCAUCUUUUUGCUGAGGCGACUGCCCUACUGUAGACACCAUAUCAUGGCACACACAUACUGUGAGCACAUGGGCAUCGCUCGACUAGCCUGUGCCAAUAUCACCGUCAAUAUUGUGUAUGGUCUGACUGUGGCUCUACUGGCCAUGGGUCUGGAUUCCAUCCUCAUUGCCAUCUCCUAUGGCUUUAUACUCCGUGCUGUUUUUCGUCUUCCAUCCCGUGAUGCCCAGCACAAAGCUCUGAGUACCUGUGGAUCCCACCUCAGUGUCAUCCUGGUUUUCUACAUUCCUGCCUUCUUCUCCUUUCUCACCCACCGCUUCGGUCACCACAGAGUCCCCAAGCAUGUGCACAUCUUUCUGGCCAAUCUCUAUGUGCUGGUACCUCCUGUUCUUAAUCCCAUUAUCUAUGGAGCUAGAACAAAAGAGAUUCGGAGUCGGCUUCUAAGACUGUUUCAUCUGAGAAAAACUUCAAUAUAA